AUGGCCUCCUCGGGGCGGGGCCACCCGACGGGCCCGCGGGCCGCCUCGACGGCCGCCGCCGACGUCACCGCCCCCGCACCGCGCCUGCGCGUCCUGAUCGCCGCUCCCCCGCUCGCGCUCCGGCCGCGCAUGCGCCUCGGGCCGCCACAACCGUCCCCCGGCAGUCGCUGGGCCGGCACUGCGCCUGCGCGCCCCGACCUCGCGACCCAAGGGGCGCUGCGGCGCCGCGGCGCCCUCCCUCUGGGCGCGCGACCUUUGACCCGGAAGCCGGCUCCCGGCGCCAAGAUGGCGGCGGCCUUUGAGGGUCCGCUGCGGCGGGCGCUGUCGUCGGGGCCUCCGGCGGCGGGCGAGGUCCGGGCCGCCUUCCUGCGGUUCUUCCGGGACCGACACGGACACCGCCUGCUGCCGUCCGCCUCCGUCAGGCCCCGCGGGGACCCCAGCCUCUUCUUCGUCAACGCCGGCAUGAACCAGUUCAAGCCGAUCUUCCUGGGCACGGUGGACCCGCGGAGCGAGCUGGCCCGGUACCGGCGGGUGGCCAACAGCCAGAAGUGCGUGCGGGCCGGAGGGCGGCACAACGACCUGGAAGACGUGGGCCGGGACCUCUCCCAUCACACCUUCUUCGAAAUGCUGGGCAACUGGGCCUUCAGGGACGACUACUUCAAGGAGGAAGCCUGCACCAUGGCCUGGCAGCUACUGACCCAAGUCUACGGGAUUCCCGAGGAGCGGCUUUGGGUCACCUAUUUUGGCGGGGCUCCCGCCGAGGGCCUGCCUCCGGAUGAGGAGAGCCGGGAGAUCUGGCUCAGCCUGGGGGUGCCCCCCGGCCGGAUCCUACCCUUCGGAAGCCGCGAGAACUUCUGGGAGAUGGAAGAGACGGGGCCGUGCGGGCCCUGCACGGAGAUCCACUACGACCUCCGGGGGCCGGGGCCGGGCCCCCCGCGGCUAGUGGAGCUGUGGAACCUGGUCUUUAUCCAGUAUAACAGAGAGGCAGACGGGAGCCUGCAGCCCCUGCCCCAGAGACACGUGGACACGGGCAUGGGCCUGGAGCGACUGGUGGCCGUGUUGCAGGGAAAGGACUCCACCUACGACACUGACCUCUUCUCCCCGCUGCUGCACGCGAUCCACCAGGGCUGCGGGGCGCCCCCGUACCGGGGCCGUGUGGGACCCGGGGACCGGGGCCGCGUGGACACGGCGUACCGCCUGGUCGCCGACCACAUCCGCACCCUGAGCGUCUGCAUCGCCGACGGCGUCUUCCCCGGCGCGUCUGGAGCCUCGAUGGUUCUUCGGAGGAUCCUGCGCCGGGCCAUUCGCUUCUCUUCAGAGGUGUUGCGAGCUCCACCCGGGUUCCUGGGCGGCCUCGUGCCCACCGUGGUGGACGUGCUGGGAGACGCCUACCCGGAGCUGCGGAAGGAGAAGGCCCAGAUCAUCAGCUUGGUUGACGAGAACGAGGCCACGUUCCUGUCCUCCCUGCAGCGUGGACGCCACAUUAUCGACAGAGCCCUGAAGCGGCUUGGCCCCUCACAGCCCUUCCCCGCUGAAAUGGCCUGGUCCCUGUCGGUGUCCGGGCAUCUCGGGCUGACCCUGGACCUGGUGGAACUGAUGCUGGAGGAGAAGGGAGUGGAGCUGGACAAGGCGGGGCUGGAGCGGCUGGAGCAGCAGGAGCGGCAGGACGAAGCCAAGGCCUCGGCCCCGCAGGUCCAGCUGGCUCGAGGCCCCAGUCUGCAGCUGGACGUCCACGCCCUGGGCGAGCUGCAACGCCGUGGGAUCCCCCCGACCGACGACUCGCCCAAGUACCGUUACUCCCUGCAGCCUGACGGGAGCUACGAAUUCGGGGCCUGCACGGCCAACGUGCUGCAGAUGUAUGGAGCGGACGGAGCGGCGGUGGAUGAAGUGGGGGGCGGCCAGAAUUGCGGCCUUCUCUUGGACAGGACCAGUUUUUACGCCGAGCAAGGCGGGCAGGCGGGGGACAGAGGCUACCUGGUGAUCGAGGGGCAGCAGGACGUGCUGUUCCCGGUGGCCGGGGCCCAGCUGUCCGGCGGCUUUGUCCUGCACGAGGUGACGGCCUAUGAGCGUCUGCGGGUGGGGGAUUGCGUGCAGCUGUUUGUGGAUGAGGCGUGGCGUCUGGGCUGCAUGGAGAAGCACACGGCCGCCCACCUGCUGAGCUGGGCGCUGAGGCAAGUUCUGGGGCCGGAGGCGGCUCAGCGAGGCGCUCACCUCAGCCCCAAGCAGCUCCGCGUCGACGUGGCAGCCAAGGAGAAGCCGAGCCCCGAGCAGCUGCAGGCGGUGGAGGGAGCCGUGCGAGCAGCCGUGGGGCGAGACGAGCCCGUGUACACGGCCGAGGUGCCCCUGGGGCAGACCGCCGCCGUCCCUGGCCUGCGUACCCUGGAUGAGGUGUACCCAGAUCCGGUGAGGGUUGUGGCCGUGGGGGUGCCUGUGGCCGAGGCCCUGGACCCCAACUCGCGGGCGGCAUUGCAGACCUCCGUGGAACUGUGCUGUGGCACGCACCUGCUGCGCACGGGGGCCAUAGGGGACCUGAGCAUUGUCGGGGAGCGCCAGCUAGUGAAGGGCACCGUCCGCCUGGUCGCGGUCACCGGGGAGCAAGCCCAGCAGGCCCGAGACACGGGCCAGAGCCUGGCAGAAGAGGUGGAAGCAGCAGCCGAGCGGCUGAGCCGGGGGGUCUUAACCGUAAAGGAAGCCCGGCAGCUCUCCAAAGACGUGGGCCGGACCACUCAAGUGGUGGACAGAGCCCUGAUGCCUCAGUGGCAGCGGCGGGAGCUACAGGCGGCCCUCAAGGAGCUACAGCGCCGUUCCAAUACCACCCUCCGCAAGCUGGAGAUCGGGCAGGCGGCAGAGAGGACCCAGGAGCUGCUGAGCAGGCACCCCGCGGGACCCCUCAUCGUGGACACGGUCCCGGCUGACUCCCUCUCGGUGCUCGUCAAGGUGGUCAACCAGCUGUCCGACCGGAGGCCGGACUCUUCCGUGUUGCUGCUGAGUCCCCAGCCCCUGGGGAAAGUCCUGUGCGCCUGCCGGGUGGCCAAGGUGACGGAGUCCGCCCUGUCCGCCAGCGACUGGGCCCUGGCCGUGUGCGGCUCCAUGGGGGGCAGGGCCCAGGGCUCCCGAUUCCUGGCAAACGGCGAAGGGCACGCUGCCGACCUGGGGGCCGCCCUCUCCGCCGCCCGCGCCUUCGUCGCCCGGGGCCGGCUGUGACCCGGCCCGCCGGAUCGGGAGGAAGCCGGGAGUCCCCGAGGCCGGGGGGCCGGCGUCCGGGGCCAACCUGGCAGCCCCUCUUGGCAUCUCUGCCCGCCUUGGUGGGGUCGGGUGCGGAAACCAGGCUAGCAGGGGCUCUCCGCCCUUCAGAGCAGGGUGGAGGAAGAAGGAGGAUGACGAGCCCUUAAUUCUCCCCCCUCUGCUAAUCACCCAGUCCGGGCAGGUCGGGACUGGGGGAGGCUGCCGAGCCCCCCUGAGGGGCAAGAGGGACUGAUGGAUGAAUCAGUCCAAGGGACUCAAACCUUGAAGCGGGGAGAGGUGAGUUAGUGGGAAGUGGCUGGCAAUUAAACAGUAUUUCCCAGA